GCUGUCGCCCAACGCGCGGAUGGCCAAUUUUGGCCUUGCAAUCCCAUCAAGAACGCCACUGGGUCCUGUGCACCGAAUCCUGGUCUAGCUCAGUCCAGCUAUACUAUUGACUUCACGCAGCAGACAGACAUACCAGACGACUGGACCAUUUCCAACUAUGCUACGAUCAAUUUUGGCGAGCUAGGUGCCGAAUUCACGUACAACAAAAGAUACGAUGCACCGCAGCUGUGGACCAACUUCUUCAUCCUAUUCGGACGUGUAGAUGUCGAGCUUAGGAUCGCAAAUGGCACAGGAAUGAUAUCCAGUGCAGUGCUCAUGAGUGAUGAUUUCGAUGAGAUCGAUUUCGAAUUCUCGGGCAAUAACUUUGGUGAGUCGAGCAAUAACAACUAUUUCGGCAAAGGUCUCACGGGUAACUAUGAUCGAGGACAGUAUUUUGACGUUUCAAAUCCUCAAGAAACAUUCCACACAUACUCUGUCGACUGGACUCCAGAGCGGCUGAAUUGGUUGCUUGACGGCAAGCUUCUUCGGACAUAUACCUACGCCUCGUCUUCUGGAGACAAGGGCAACUACCAGUAUCCUCAGACACCUUCUAAAUUCCAGCUUGGGAUCUGGGCAGGCGGAGACCCAGGCCAGAAUUCUGGAACCAAGAGUUGGGCUGGAGGAACGACAGAUGUGACAGGAGGUCCGUACACCAUGUAUGUGAGGAAAGUUUCGAUUCAGAAUAUGUAUCCUGCUGCUGCAUACAACUGGACAAACCAGAGUGGGAAAUGGCAGAGCAUUCAGCUG